CACGCGUCACGUCACGUAGCGACGAAAUCGAAUGUCGUGAAUGGUGACGGAUACAACUGUCUACCAAAUUGUUCAUUGUAAAUAUUUUACACGCGCGCAGUGCUAAAAAGUGCCGCUACGUUUUUCUGAGAAAUAUAUAACGUUCGAUUUCGACGUGACUUCGUAGCAUUGUUGUUUAUAGGUCUGUGUUUCUUUUUCUCGAAAACUUUCUGCACACUGGUGCGGUAAGUUAGAGUGAAACAACAUGUAAACCUGUCUCUUUCUAACUUAUCGCGCCGAUCCAAAAAGUUCUUCGAAAAAGAACAGGCCUCUUGUAUGUUGCUUUUUUUGACGUUCCGAGACGUGCAGUUAACAGAACAUAAUAACGUGCAAACGUAUCUGAACGGAGAGAAUGAAAAUGUCUCAAAUCACGGUUACAUCAAGUGGGAUGGAACGCAGUAUCCACGAGAUGCUAAAAGAUGCACCCUCAUUAAAUGAGAGCGACAACGCUGUACACACUGGAACUCCUCCACCCCAUGUGCCGAACAAUUGUAACACUGAUGGCCACCCAAGACCAGCCACUAUAAAUUUGAGCCUAGGAAGUCCUACGUCGCAGAAUUAUAUCUGUGGUUUGGCAGCUGUAGCAGUGUCUCCAAGCACACCUGUUCAAAAUGGUGAUACACAGACUAUGCGCACUACUCAGAGCAAAAUUGAGAGUAUCAAGAAUUGGAGUAUCUCCACAUACAAAUGCACCAAGCAGUUGAUGUACGAGAGAUUAGGGAAAACAUCACGUACUGUAGAUUUUGAAUUGGAAACACAGAUCGAGCUGCUCAGAGACACUCAGAGAAAAUACUGCAAUGUACUAAGAUUAUCACGAGCAUUGGCAUCACACUUCCAUCACGUGGUACAAACGCAGCACGCCCUCGGAGAAGCGUUUUCGGAACUGGCGCAGAAGUCGCCCGAACUUCAAGAGGAAUUUCUGUACAAUUCAGAAACGCAGAGGAAUUUGACGAAAAACGGCGAAACACUUUUAGGGGCCUUAAAUUUCUUCGUUUCCUCCGUGAAUACGUUGUGUAACAAAACGAUCGAGGACACGCUACUUACAGUGAGACAAUAUGAAACUGCAAGGAUAGAAUAUGAUGCGUAUAGAACAGAUCUGGAGACUCUUGUGCAGGCUACGAAGUCAGACGGUAGCAAUGCGGCGAGACUAGAAGAGGCGCAAGCGAAUUACGAAGGACAUAAACAGAAUUUCGAGAAACUGCGCUCAGACGUUUCCAUCAAAUUGAAAUUUUUGGAUGAGAACAGGAUUAAAGUAAUGCACAAGCAGUUACUAUUGUUCCACAACGCCGUAUCUGCCUACUUUUCGGGAAAUCAAACCGCAUUGGAAGCGACUCUAAAACAAUUCAAUAUCAAGGUGAAAUCGCCGAAUUCAACUUUACCGUCAUGGCUGGAGCAGUAGUUCAAUUAGAACAAACACUUCGUCGCCCGCUGUGAGCGAAGGAUGUGAAUACACAAGUGCGUUCGUCCACACUGAGUUAUCCCAUUGCGAAACGCAGAAAGUCAAGGUAGAAGUCACCAAGAUUACACGACAAACUCAUCGGGACAUACUUGAGAGCUGCCGUUUUAUCCUGAUACUUUAAUUGAGAUAGAAUGAAAAAUCGUGAGAGUUUCAUGAUGUAUAAACAGACUGAAUCCAAGUCACAGAGUAUCUAUGUAUUGAUCAUUAUAGAUAUAUAACAUCUUCGAGAUGUACAUCGCGUAUCAUAAAAUUAAUAAUUCUUUUGAGAGAAUUGCGUAACGGUAGAGGGAUCUCUAAACGACUUAGUCAACGUUUUGAAAAUUAAUUUUUGAUGCUUAAAUAUUUGAAAGAGGAGAAGAGAAAGAAAGAGAGAGAAGAGGCAAUAGAAUAUUUAAUUUUUAUAUUUCUCUUAGAGAAGAGUUCCGAUGUAAAUACGUAAUGUAACGUAACACGAUAAAUGGAGCUUUCUAUUUUACAGCGUAUUUAGUGGUAUUGAUUGCUUGUUUAUAUCACACUUUACACGCGUAAUAAGAGCAUAUAACUUAAUAGUAACGGCUAUGUCCAUAAUCCUGUUAAGACAUUAAUCUUUAAUGAUUACAGUUCGCGUAUUGUUUUAUAAAGAUUAGAGCUUUAAUGCUAUUGCUGAAUUAUAUAGAGACUUAUUUUUCUCAUUUAUAACGAUGUAAUUAAUUAAAUUACAUAUUGCAAGUUAAUUUUUGCUGAAAGGAGUAAGAGAAACGAUAAAUUGCGCGAAUCUCAGUAGAGUAUUAAAAAUAAUCGUGUACUAAAUGUGUGUCAAGGAAACAUACAACUGUAAUAUCAGAAUGUCUCUAUUAUAUCAUGAUUUUCAUAAGUAUUACGUUUUGCUUGUAUUGUUAUAAAUAAGUAAAAAUUAUAAGUAUAAUAAUCGAUUACUCAAUUUGUUUAAAUUUAUCGUGUGUACGUUUCAAUAUAUACAGUUUGACGUAUAUAUAAUUUAUAUUUGAACUUUCCGAAAGCUUUAUGAAAAUUGCUUCCGGGAUAAAUGUUCUUAACAUUUUUGCGAUGUAUGUUACGAUUGAAAGCGUAUAUUAAUUAUUGUUACUGUUAGCUACAGCUUUCUAUAAUAUAUUACAUACAAAAUUAAAUUGGUUUCUUCUAAAAAUCAAUUAUGACAAAUAUUAUAUAAGAACACAAACAAAUAUCAUAAUAAUGAUAUUUCUUUCUGGAAAUUUAUAUUACCUUUUAAACUCAACUUUAUGCAAGCAAAACGCUGCGAAGAAGAGAACUAGUCACUGUUUUACUUAAGUAUCUAUUUUCAAAAUUGUAAGAAUAAAAAGAUAAUAAUAUCUUACUCGAUUAGAUGUAUAAGUUUGAUUGCUUAUGCUUGUGUAUCCUACAGUAAACAGAAAACAUAAUAUAGUUUAUGCUACAAUGCAUCAGUUUGCAGUUUACUCAGAGAUCUCAGAAUCCUUCAAAAAUAUUUUAUAGUAGAAAGUGAUGGCAUUUCUGAUAACAAUUGCUGUCACUUAUUACUUGCCAUGAUAACAAUAACUAUUUGCAACUAGCUACUGUUAAUGAACAAAUAAAUUAAUUCGUAGUGAUAUAAUAUUACAAGGGUGUUAUACCACCAAAUUGUGAAGUUGAUUCUUCCAGGUGUGUAUAUGAUAUUUAAUAAAAGCAUCUCACAUGUAUGUAUGGUGAAUGUAUACGAAGUAAAUGUACAUGAUAUCGUGAAAAAUCA